GAGGCAGCGGCGGGCGGCGGCUCCCGCUUUUAUCGCCUCGGGGCGGCCCGCAUCUCCCGCCCGGCCCCCGGGGGCGGCCCUGGGGGUGCUGGGGAGAGAAGGGGGCUCCCCGCCGGGCAUGGGGGGAGGUCUGGAGCCCCCCGAUAUCACCAGAGCGGUGAGGGGCUGCUUGGAGCGGCCCUGGGGGUUGGUUUUGCUGCGGGUUGGAAACUCUCCCUCCGAGAGAGCCAUCGUGGUAAUCAGCGGGUUGCAGCUUAUUGGGAAGUUACAUACAUUGGUUAUUUAGGGGUGAAAAGCAGACGAUGCGCCUUCUGUUUAAAAAAGGGGGGGGGGGGAAUUGUUUUCAGUCCUCAGAAACAGAAAGGUAAAAUAAAAACGUGUGUGAUGCCCUGGAGACGCUGGGUGUUUCGUUCUCCCGUAAUGCUUUAAACGAUCCCACCUGGCCAAGGGCUUUUCUCGUUCGCUCCCCUUCCCCUGGGGAAGGUACUCCAUCUCCCUCUCUAUCGCUAAAUAAAGACGGCUUACGCUCCCACCGAGAAGGGAAGCAGAAAGGAAAACAGUGAAGAACGGUGUAGAGGGAUAAGCAGCAACAUGGCAGCCCAUGCAGAAGACUACCUCGAAUCGCUGCUCAUUGAUGCCUUUAAGGGGAAGGGGUACCAGAAGAUAAGUGACCUGUUGCAAGAGAAAGAAACAGAUACACUGCAGAAGUACAGCAACUCUCUCCUUAGCCAGCUUGACAAAGCACUGAGAAGGGAGCUAGACAGGAAUGACUUCCAUAACGUGUCCCUGCUGCUGAAGUGUAUCCAGCUCUACUUCAAGAGUGACCUCCAACAGGGGACGAGCUUGUUUGUUGAGCAAGGACUUGUAGAAAAGAUGAGUAUAACACCCUAAGCAAGUUUCUAAUGUGACCUAGAGUUGCUUAUAUCAGGGGAAAGGAUUUGUAGUGAGAGCUAGAACAUGGAUUAUAUAGUUCUGCCAAAAGUAUUUUUUUCCAGAUAUAUUUCAUGAGCUGAGUGAGGAAAAUCUUUUACCUUCCUGACAUCAUUUUCAACGCAAAAACUAAUAUUAUGGAUGUACCUAUCACCUGACUUAACAGGACUGUGAUUAUUUUUUUAAGCUGACAGAGGAGGGAGAGAAUGAGUUGAUGAAGCUCAUCUGUGGAAUAAUAGAAAUAUAGUAAAUAGUAGAAAUAUAAUAUUUAAUAUUACAAUAGAAUAAAUUUGUGAAAUAAUAGAAAUGUUCUAUUUAAACUUCAAGUGCUGCAGCAAAAUACUAUAUUAGUAAUGGAACUGAUGAGCAAUUUUGUGCUUUUAUAACUUUAAAACCUGGAUAUACUCUCUAAGCAGGCCUGCUUUUAAGUUUAGUGCAGCAGCUGCAUUUAAUUUGUAACUGUAUUUUCUCUAAUCGGCAUAGUGCUGCUUUCAGCUGGCAUCAGCUGUAGCAGAAGAAAGGCAGCUGUGUCUGAGGUGAAUGAUGCCAGGCUCUGAUAGGCUGUGUCCAGGAGUCCUCAGCCCAACUCACUGCACCAAUGCUUUGCAAUGAUGCUUUCUGGGGAUAUGGUUGCCCAAAAUUGCUUUUUAGAGAGAACAUUAACCAAUUCUUGCUUGUCUGAGCUUUGUACCUCCACUGAAGCAUACAUUUGUAGUGACUCCUAGGUGUGUGAUACUGUUCAGUGUCUUGGGUAGCAUGUACUGAUAACAUAUAAAAGCAAAAGCUUGGAAAAUCUCUUAUGUGUUAUUUUACUUCCAGAACAUCUGGAGCAGGUAAUUUUGUCGCAGCUGCAUGCCAAGGCAGUCUCAGGCACCAAGAGUAGGUGCCUUGUGACUGGAAAGGAGAGGGAUAUGGGGAGGAAAAGCAGUACAAGUGCUUCUGAGUGCUGUGAGAGUGGCAAUGUGUGCAGAGCAAGAAUGUUUGUGAUCCUCAUCGACCCUACUGAAAAUAGUUUUUUGAUGGUACUUCUGGAAGACUUCUUUGACUCUGCAUUGGUGAUUUGCAAGUGCAGUAAUGAAGGGAAGAAGCAGCUGGUGAACUUGUUUCUGCCUGAGCUAGGGCGUCUGGUGACAGAAGCAGGCAUUUGCUGUGCUCUGCGGCAGGAGGCUUUGAGGACUCUCAACUCUAUACUUGAUAGCAUCCCACGUGAGGGCAGAAAGAAACUCCCGCUGUCGGAGGAGGUGUGUUUCCUUACGAAGGAUCUUGCAAAAACAAUGCUGGAGGCUGGUGAUUAUGACCUUCAGGUUGCCCUUUCAGAAGCACUCUGUAGGCUAACAAUAAAAAAAUGGAGAGAUGACCUUGUUAACCACUGGUUUGAAGAUAAAUAUCUUGCUGAAGCUUUCAAAGAGAUCAAGGAUAAAGAAUUUGAGACGGACUGCAGGAAAUUUCUUAACCAGCUAAAUGAAAGACUUGGGGAUAAAAGAAGAGUCUAUUCAUUUCCUUGCCUGUCUGCUUUUGCUGACGUGAACCAGGUAAAGAAGCCAUCAGAUGAGAAGCUGGACAAGUUCUGGAUUGACUUCAAUGCUGGCAGUCACAGUGUGACUUUCUACAUAGAUAGUAUUGAGGGUGUUCUCUGGGACUCUGUACGGCUGCAGAAAGAAGCAGUCAGCUGUUACAGUCUGAAGGAGGAUGGUGGAGAAAAGAUAGUCAAAAUUUACAUGAAGAUACCUGCUACUCUUAACAAAACAGAAGCAACAAAGAUCAAGUUACAUUUCAGUGCUGAGUACGAAAUCUUAAGUAUACUUAAAAAAGUCCUUGGAGAUGAAAAAAUGAUGACAAAUGUGGGUGAAGAGGAGUCCAUCCACACUGAGAAGCAAACCAGGCAGAAUGAAGUGACAUCUCAGUCCAAUGAUCUACAGAAGAGGAAAGAUCCUGAAAACUCUGAAAACAUGGACCCCAUACCAGAAAACUUGAUCUUGCAACACAACGAGCAGUUAGUGGGCACUGUACCAAAAACGUCUAACUCUGAUGUCACCAUGACUGCAGUGAACCAGCAGUCUGGCCUGGAUGAAGCUGACCAAAGCUCAGUGAAAGCAGGCAAACAAAAACAUUUACUAGUAGCUCCAGAGGGUGAAGCUGUAGUUUCCUUGUCUCCUUCAGCAAACAAGUCCAAAACUCUAUCUCCAAGGAUGAAUGCGAAGUCCAGUGAGAAGCCCCAGGAAGAGAAACUCAUGGAAGCAUCAACACCCAAGAAGGUUGGUACCGUGGAAAGGAGAACCAGAAUAAAAGGUUUGGUCAAGCAGAAGACUGAAGGCAGGAAGGACACCUACGACUUUGAGGUCUCAGACUCCGCAAGUCAUGAGAAGGUUGCUGAAGCCAAAGGGAAGGUUUUUGGCAAGAAAAAUUCUUUACAAAAUCAGAGGAAGCAUCUCUUCUCUGAAAGCAAUAAUGAAAAAACAAGCAACAGUGAGAGUGAGAAAAGCUGGAUCCUCGAGUCCCAGAAAGAGACACUGCCAAAAUCUCUCAACUACACCCGAAAAAGGCGCAGGGUGAGAAGGAAAUUGAAAGUACUUCCAGUGUCAUCUCCAAGCAGCAGCAAUGAAAACCGGAUGGAAAAGCAGGGAGCAGCAGGACAAAAAAAUGAAAAGAAAGCAUCAAGGAAAAAAAGUACAUCCAUCUCCAAGGGUGAUGAUUUACCUACAGUGGAUCUUGCUGGUGAGGUGCCAUCAGAGGAGCCCAAAGGCACGUGGCAGCCAUUGGAUGUGUCUAUGGAGGAGCACUCUGGUGUGGAAGAGGAGGCGACACAGAAGUUUCACGAUGUGUCUGAAGAGACAAGAGAAGAAAGCUUUAAGCGGAAGGACUUGGAGGCAUUAAGUGGCACUGUUGUGAAGAAGCCCAGGUUUUUCAAUUGGGAAACAAAGCACUUGUCCUCUGAGUCACCCUUUAAACCAAAUAAACUUUCAAACUCAGUUGAGAAGGAAGAGGAGAUCAAAAGAGGUCAGGAAACGGUUGAUGUGAAUACUGCAUUUCUUUCCAAGAUACAGCAUGAAGAUAUUGGUGAUUCAGGAGUGAUUGCUGUAUUUGAAAGCUUUACCAACCAGUUAAAGCAACUCUUCUGGUCCAGGUACAAAGAGAUGGAGAUGUCUGCACAGAACAUGCUGAGGACUUCUGAAAAGAACGUUUCUGCUCUGCUGAAGGAGAUUCACAAGUGCAGACUGAACAAGCUGGAAACCUUCAAGAAGAUUGUUAUGGAGGAGCUUGCCAGCCUUGAGAAAGAUACUCAGAUUUUGAGGAACAUGGAGAAGGAUGCAGUGGAUUUCUGGGAUGCACAGUUGCAGAAACUGAAUUCUUUCUGCAACCAGCAGAAGCAAAGAAUUCAGUCUGUUGACUCAGCCCUGGGUGAGACAGCUGAGAGUUUUGCCAGUACAAUUGUCAACACCCCACACAAUGUCUCAAUGAAGAGUGCAGUAGAGAAUGGUGUGUUUGUUGUUCCUUCUGACUAGCGGCCCUUGGAUUCACUGGAGGUUCCAGUGUUUGAAAAUGCAGAGAAGGUGGUCCUGUGAAGGAGAUGUUAAUCUAUUUUAAAUGGGAAGAAAAAUGAGGAGAGAGAAAAUAACAUUGAUAAUGAGUUUUUUGUUGUUUUGUUUAAAAACAGCAUAUGCUGGUUUUGGAAUUGUUCAG